UGAUACAUCUAGACUCCCCAUUAACACACAAAAUGACAAAAAUAUCAGUUCCUUUUCCCCUUUUUAAAACUAUUUCUUGUGUUGUGGCUCAUGAAAUUUGAAACACCACCUUAGAAGCCUGCUAACUUGUUGCACCCUCACUACAAUUUUCUGCACCUUGAUUAGUUAAGAAAUGGUUCCCAAAGUUUAUGCUGGCCAAGAAAUGGCAAUGGAAGAGAAUGAGAAUUGCAUGGUGAGUGGGAACUGGAAGAAACGUGUGCAUGUUUUAGGUGAGAGGAUGAGGAGAAUUCCUUGUAAGGCUUGGCAUACUACAUGGAAGGUGGGACGUGAAGACCCAAGAAGGGUCAUCCAUGCAUUCAAAGUGGGUUUGUCUCUAACUCUUGUUUCUAUGUUGUAUUUGUUGGAGCCACUUUUCAAGGGGAUUGGGCAAAGUGCUAUAUGGGCAGUCAUGACAGUUGUGGUUGUGUUGGAAUUCACUGCAGGGGCAACGUUAUGCAAAGGGCUCAAUAGAGGAUUGGGGACACUGUUAGCAGGAUUAUUGGCAUUUCUUGUUGGGUAUAUUGGACAUGCAUCUGGCCGAGUCUGUCAAGCUAUUAUCAUCGGAGCUGCAGUUUUUUUUAUAGGAGCUCUAGCUACAUAUAUGAGGUUUAUUCCGUACAUAAAGAAGAAUUAUGACUAUGGUCUAGUUAUAUUUCUCUUGACUUUCAACCUGAUCGCUGUGUCGAGUUAUCGGGUUGAUAAUGUCUUGAAGAUUGCACAUGACCGUGUAUACACCAUUGCCAUAGGCUGUGCAGUUUGCCUUCUGAUGAGUCUACUGGUAUUUCCAAAUUGGUCCGGAGAAGACCUCCAUAAUUCCACAGUUUACAAGCUUGAUGGCCUUGCCAAAUCUAUAGAAGCUUGUGUGAAUGAGUACUUUUACGGAGAAAUUGAAGGCACCGGAAAUAUGAAACUGUCUGAUGAUCCAAUAUACAAAGGUUAUAAGGCUGUUUUGGAUUCAAAAUCCAUUGAUGAAACACUGGCAUUGCAUGCAAGUUGGGAGCCAAGGCAUUCAAGAUACUGUCACAGAUUUCCAUGGCAGCAAUAUGUCAAAGUUGGAGCUGUUCUUCGUCAAUUUGGUUAUACUGUGGUAGCCUUACAUGGCUGUUUGAGAACUGAAAUUCAGACACCACGAUCUGUGAGAGCCAUGUUCAAGGACCCUUGCAUUCGGCUUGCAGCAGAGGUAUCAAAAGUACUGAUAGAACUUUCCAACAGCAUAAGGAAUCGCCGCCAUUGCUCCCCAGAAAUCCUCUCUGAUCAUCUCCAUGAAGCCCUUCAGGACCUCAACACUGCCAUAAAAUCUCAACCUCGCCUCUUCUUAGGCCCCAAACACAGGCACAGCCAAGCCACCAACAUGCUCAAAAUAGCUGCUGAACAAGUUGGUCAAGAAAGACAUGGAAAAAGCUCACUAUCAAGUGUUAAAACUGAUUCUUCAGCAUUGCUAGAAUGGAAAACAAAAAGGGUUUCCACUGAACAGACAAAGGAAUCAGAACGCAAGUCUUUAAGGCCACAGUUGAGUAAAAUUGCUAUCACUAGCCUUGAGUUCUCUGAGGCUCUUCCUUUUGCUGCUUUUGCAUCGUUGCUUGUGGAAACCGUGGCUAAACUGGACCUUGUCAUAGAGGAGGUUGAGGAACUGGGGAGAUUAGCAUGCUUUAAGGAGUUCAUACCUGGUGAUGAGGUUGUUGUCACUUGUGACGAGCCUCGAGUUGACGUGUUCCAGAACCAUUUGCCUUCUCACGGAGUGGACUAAGAGAGAGAAAGAGCCCUUAGAUGCUGCAUUAUUUCAUGGAUAUGGAUAAUUAAUCUGUUAUUUGAUGAAUUAUGGUGAUGAAUACUGAAUAUGAUUAAUAUAUUUGAAUAUGUUUGAGACUUUUGAUAUACUGUCGGUAGGGAUGUUUCUCAGGAUGAUGAUAUAUUUCAGGUUAUAAAAUGCAUUAUGCAUGGAUGCAUUCACCGUUUAACUGUUGAUGGCAUGACUCUCAAGAUGUUCCUCUGCAAUGCCCGUAUUGAUAAUAGAAAACCUUUCUCUA